CUUCAACCAAGGUCUGACCGCCGCACAAGUCGCUUGGGUAACCUGGGAUUAGUGGACAAUGGCCAAGAGAUUCGUUCUAUUGCUUUUCUUCGCCAUUUCGCUGAGCGGAAAUGCCAGCGGACAGAGAGACCACCCACGUGGCCGAUCCUUCGAUGCUGAAUCGCAUCCCAUCAAGCAUGCGGAGGAGCAGCAGACGCAGUACUGGGUGGACAAGGCCCAGGCGAAGCUCCUGUCCAAACUGGCCGAGACGCAGUCGGUGAGCUCGAACAAGGCGAAGAACGUGAUCCUGUUCCUGGGCGACGGAAUGUCCGUUCACACGGUCACCGCCACCCGGAAUCUGCUGGGCGACAGUGCGGAGCAGGUCUACUUUGAGGGAUUCCCCUACACGGGUCUCUCCAAGACCUACUGUGUGAACCGCCAGGUGGCGGAUUCGGCCUGCACGGCCACCGCCUACUUGGGUGGUGUGAAGGCCAACUACGGAACCAUCGGGGUGAAUGCCAAUGUGCCCAGGUACAGCUGUGAUGGCGCCGCCAAGGAGGAGGACCGAGUGCUCAGCAUCGCCCAGUGGGCACAGGCGGCGGGCAAGGACGCGGGACUGGUGACCACCGCCCGGGUGACGCAUGCCUCGCCGGCUGGCGUCUAUGCCCACAUUGCCGAUCGCAACUGGGAGAACGACUGGGAGGUGGCCAAUAGGGAGUGCGAUCCCGAGCAGACCAUCGACAUUGCCCGCCAGCUGGUGGAGCAGCCGGUGGGUCAGCAGCUCAAGGUUAUCCUGGGCGGUGGGCGCAAGAACUUCAUCAACUCGACGGUGAACGACGAGGAGGGUUAUCCCGGCCAGCGGACCGAUGGUCGCCACCUGAUCCGCAGCUGGUUGGACCAGAAGCGGGAGGCCAAUGUCUCGGCCAACUACGUGUGGAGUCGCAAGGGUCUCAGCCAGGUGGACCUGAAGAUCACCGACUAUCUGUUGGGUCUCUUUGCCAACGAUCACCUGCCCUACAACGGAGAUCGGUCCAGGAAGCGCAGCCAGCUGGCGGAUCCUUCGCUCACAGAGCUCACAGAGGCUGCCAUCAAGGUCUUGAGCCGCAACCAGGAGGGAUUCUUCCUGUUCGUCGAGGGUGCCCGCAUCGAUAUGGCCCACCACGAUACCUUCGCCAGGAGAUCCCUCGAGGACACCGCCGAGUUUGCCAGUGCCGUGCAGAAAGCGCGUGAAUUGACCUCCGAGGAGGACACUCUGAUCGUGGUCACCGCCGACCAUGCGCAUGUUAUGUCCAUCAAUGGCUAUCCGUUCCGCGACCAGGAGAUCACUGGCUUGGCCCAGCUAGCCGAUGACAAUCUGCCCUACACGAUCUUGUCCUACGCCAAUGGACCCGGCUACUACUCCGGCUACAAUCGAGCCGAGGGAAGAGCCCUGCUGAAGGAAAAAUCGGUGGCCGAUUCGGACUAUCAGUAUCCCACUCUGGCGCCCCUGGAUGCGGAGACCCAUGGCGGAGACGAUGUGGCGGUUUAUGCCUCGGGACCCUUUGCCCAGUACUUCAGCGGCAACUACGAGCAGAGCAAUAUUCCCGCUUUGAUGGCCCGGGCAGCUGGCAUCGGUCCUUAUGCCUAGGAUUAGCUCUUCCUUUCAUUUCUAUCUUUUUUGGCAUAUGUAUAUUCUUCUUCGGCUGACAUAACCCAAUUAAAAUGCAUCAUAGCUAAACGAA